CGGUUACCCCGGUAACGCAGAAAAGUCGGACUUCCGCCCGCCCUGUGCCCAUAAAGCCCCACAUGUCCGCGCGAUGGGGAUGAAGUGUGUGAUCACCGGAUCCGGUGUCAAGGUGUUCGGCCGGGCUGUGCACUCCCUGUCCCGGAUCGGGGACGAGCUGUACCUGGAGUCGCUGGAUGAUGGCCUCUACCUCCGCUCCGUCAACUCCUCCCGCUCGGCCUACGCCUGCUUCACCUUCGCCCCCCUCUUCUUCCACAGCUACGAGUCCACGGGCGGCCCCUGCCACUGCAAGACCCACAUGAAGGCGGUCACCGGGGUGUUCCGCUCCCUGCCCUCCCUGGACAAGACGGUGGAGAAAUGUCUCAUCACCCUGAGCAGCACCAACACCCGCCUGGUCAUACAGCUGCUCUGUAAAUAUGGCGUUACCAAAACGCACAACCUCUCCUACCAGGACUGCGAGUCUCUGCAGGCCGUGUACAGCCCGGACAGCUGCCCCAACCUGCUCCGAGCCCCGGCCAAGCUGCUGGCAGAGGCGGUGGUCCACUUCCCGGCGACCCUGGCUGAGGUGACACUGAUGGCCAGCCAGUGUGGCAGGGUGACCAUGAGGAAUUACAUAGAGGAGGACAGUGACAGCAGUAAGGCCAUGCUGACAGAGCUGGCCCUGAGCAGGGAUGAGUUCCUGGUGUACGAGCUCCAGAAGCAGACUGAGAUCACUUUCUGUCUGAAGGAAUUUCGGGGUCUCCUGUCAUUCGCCGAGUCUACUGGCAACCCAGUCUCUAUCCAUUUUGACAGCCCUGGCUGCCCUGCUGUAUUCAGGGUAGAGGACACCGUCCUGGAAGUACAUUUUGUUCUUGCCACUCUAUCUGAGACCGACAAUGUGUCAAAGUCUCAGAACCACAGACCACCAGUAGCCACUGAUGAUGAUUUUUUGGCAGACGACCUUGAUUACAUGAUUGCCAUGGAAACCACCCUGGGUGUCUCAUCACCUGCCCCCGUUAGUCCAAACUUCUCUAAACGACCUCUCCAUGAAAACCCAUCUCCUCCUUUGGAAACAGAUGAGGAGAUGGAGAAGGAGAUUCCUGGUACACCUCCAAACAAGAAGUUUAGGUCUCUUUUCUUUGGUUCUAUUCUUGCAGGUUCUGGUCGGACAGAUCAAGAAGUUCUGGCUGAAGACAGUGAUGGAGACUCCUGAAACAAAAUGAUCCUAUUUUUAAAGGCACUGUUGUAAUAUUGGAUACAGACAGUCUGUAAAUUUUGUAUUAUCAGUUCUUGAAUAUUUCAGAGAUCAACCGCAGGCAGAAUACUGUUAAUACUAUCUCUGUUCUUAUAAAUUAUGCGUAUAUUUGUAUAUAGGUUCUUUAAAUAUAUGAAAACAAAAAUGCCUCUAAUGCGAGUGUUUGUUUUUAACUUGUAAUUAGCCACCAGUUAAGCUACAUGUUUUCAUUCCAUAGCACAUUGGGCUACAGUACAUGCAAAUAGGCUAAACUGAUUUUGUAAAAAAAGUUAAACUGCUACAGAACAGCCAGAAUAAACCACCCAAAAUGAUCCAUAAAAUUGCAUUCUCCUUGUGGGGUUUUAUUUAUUUUUUUCCUCUGGCAUGACUAAGCAGCGUGCAAGGAAGUAGAGCAAGAAGAACAUGGGGAUCAGCGCUCCCUUGCCGCCCACCUCAGAGGUGUUCUUGGGGCCCUCAUGACACAAGGCACAUGCUUUUUAUUUUUUGCCGCCCAAGGCAAAUGCUUUGUUAGUCAUGCACUAAAUACAGCACUGCACAGGAGGUCCCUCUGCUCUCCACCCAUAGUGCAUGGUCAGGGGCAGUGAUGGCGAACCUAUGGCAAGCGUGGCACGCCGGGCCCUUUCUGAGGGCACGCGGCCAUAGGUUCACCAUCAAUACAGAGUAGGUACCUGCCUGCCGGAAACGGCAGGCGCCUACUCAGCUUCCCUGUCCUCCUGCAAGCAAGCUGUGUGGAGCGUUACCAUGGCACUGCUCUGCAUCGCGCGGGAGGACAGGGGAGCUGCUUCACAGAUCCCUCCCGACACGGAAGGAGUGCUUGCCACCACCGGACGACCAGGGAUGGCUGUGUCUCUCCUCCUUCAUUAAAGGUAAGAAGGGGGGGGAAAAUACUGAUUUAGCAUACUUUUUUGAAAAUUUUUUUUUUUUAUAAAAACACCUUUUACCCCAGCCCCACACACGGUACCCCAGCUCCCCUCCACCCAGUAUCCCUCCCGCCCCUACCCCCACUCACAGCACCCUGUGUGUAUACUCCGCAGUCUGUGUGUGUAUUCAGCAGUCUUGUGUGUGUGUGUGUGUUUCUGUAUUGCAUUUGUUGGAGAUACUAAUAAAUAUAAGCCUAAAUUUAUCUAUUUAUAUCAUUAUUUAAAAUUUGUAUAAUUGAACUCUGUUGUUGUGUUCUUUUAAAACAAAAGUUGUUAAUUAGUUCGGACAACUGUACAAGUUGUUUUUUCUAAACUUAAACCUCAGUAUUGAGGUUUAAUUGCCGUGUUGGCACUUUAAGGAAAAAAAAGUUGGCAUGUAUCAAAAAGGUUCGCCAUCACUGGUCUAGGGAGAAUAGAAACGGAGUGAUGUGAUGUCAUUCCAUUUAGAUGCUGGCAACGAAGCCAGUGUGUGGAAAUCAUGGUGGAGGUUUGCCCUGCUUCUGGAAGUGUCCCCAACAGGCAAAUUGGCAAACAGGGAGAGCAUGGGCGGAUUGGAUGUGGGUGUUUGGUAAGCCGUGACAAGCUGUGCAUGAGGGCAUCCAGUGGUUUUAUUUAAUUUUUGUAACCCAUAGGUAAGCCGCACUUGCAUAUUAGGUUCCUGCCUGUAGUGAAUAACAGUUUCAGGGUUAUUCACUAAAGUCCUGCUGCUGCGGGUUAUUUAUUUUUAGUUCUACCCUCAGUCUGCUUUCACAUUCACUUUUACACAGUCACAACUUAUAAAUCGUAGGAAUGAAAAGAGUAUUUAUUUUUUUUAAUCGUUUCUGCAUGAUUUGUGAAAGAACUGAAAAGUAUUUGUAAUCAUGAAUGUUUCAAAUGGAAAUUAAUCUAUAAAC